CUGUCAGCUCAUCCCAACCCAUGGCCGCCGCCGCCGCCGCGCUCUCCGCCCCCUCCACAUCCCUCACCUCCAUCUGGGCCUCACCCCCUCGCCUCCUGCGAAGGCGCAGAGCCAAUCCCCUCCCCGGAGCUACCCCCUGCCCUAGGCCAAAGAAGCCGCCUCCUCUCUCCUGCGCGGCCGCAGCCACCCCCACCCCCGCUCCGGCGGCCGCCAAGGCGGGGUCAUGGAAGGACCUGUGCAGACUCAACGCCUGGGUGGUGCGCGACUACCGCCGCCUCGUCGACUCCGUCGGCGUGCUCGAGCCGGCGCUUCGGAGGCUCUCCGACGAACAGCUGAAGGCGAAGACGGCGGAGUUCCGCACCCGCCUGGGGCGUGGGGAGACGCUCGCCGACGUCCAGGGCGAGGCGUUUGCCGUGGUGAGGGAGGCAGCCAGGAGGACGCUGGGGAUGCGGCAUUUUGAUGUCCAGAUAAUUGGUGGUGCUGUGCUCCACGAUGGGUGCAUUGCAGAGAUGAAGACGGGCGAGGGAAAAACACUUGUUUCCACUUUGGCGGCUUAUCUUAAUGCCCUGACAGGGGAAGGGGUUCAUGUGGUGACUGUAAAUGAUUAUUUGGCGCAGCGUGAUGCUGAAUGGAUGGGCCGUGUUCACCGCUUUCUCGGUCUCACUGUGGGUCUAAUUCAGGCGGGUAUGAAGUCAGAUGAGAGAAGGGCGAGCUACAGAUGCGACAUUACAUACACUAACAACUCGGAACUUGGAUUUGACUAUCUUCGUGACAACCUAUCUCGAAACAAAGAACAACUUGUUAUGAGAUGGCCAAGACCUUUCCACUUUGCUAUUGUGGAUGAAGUGGAUUCAGUGCUUAUAGAUGAGGGAAGAAAUCCAUUGUUAAUAAGUGGAGAGGAUAAUAGAGACGCAGCUCGGUAUCAAGUUGCUGCUAAAGUCGCAGAACUUCUUAUGGAGGGUGUUCAUUACACUGUUGAACUAAAGGGCAAUAAUAUAGAUCUCACAGAGGAUGGAGUAGCGCAUGCUGAGAUUAUUCUCGGGACAGAUGAUUUAUGGGAUGAGAAUGAUCCAUGGGCAAGGUUUGUGAUGAAUGCUUUGAAGGCCAAAGUGUUCUACCGUAGGGACGUGCAGUAUAUUGUUAGGGAUGGAAAAGCUAUCAUAAUUAAUGAGCUUAUGCAAACCUGCAGCAUGAAUCAACCAUUCUUGAGUCACUGGAAGUUCCAUUUGCUGAUUCAGUCAUUUUUGCAUCAUUUGUAUCAAUCAUGGCCUCUAACUGGCCGAGUUGAACCAAAAAGGAGAUGGUCUGAUGGUAUUCACCAAGCAGUAGAAGCAAAAGAGGGCUUAAAAAUCCAGGCAGACUCAGUAAUUGUGGCUCAAAUCACAUAUCAGUCACUUUUUAAGCUUUAUCCUAAGCUUUCUGGGAUGACAGGAACUGCUAAGACAGAGGAAAAGGAUUUUUUAAAGAUGUUUAAGAUGCCUGUUAUUGAAGUACCCACAAAUCUGCCCAAUGUACGGGUGGACUUGCCUAUCCAAGCUUUUGCGACUGCAAGAGGCAAAUGGCUAUAUGUACGGGCUGAAGUAGAGUCUAUGUUCCAGUUAGGCCGCCCUGUUUUAGUUGGAACUACAAGUGUUGAGAGUUCUGAAUACUUGUCAGAUCUACUUAAAGCUCACCAUAUUCCCCACAAUGUCCUUAAUGCAAGGCCAAAGUAUGCUGCAAGAGAAGCUGAAAUAAUUGCACAAGCUGGACGAAAGCAUGCUAUCACAAUUUCAACUAAUAUGGCCGGGAGAGGAACAGACAUUAUUUUAGGUGGUAACCCUAAAAUGCUUACAAAAGAAAUAGUAGAAGAUAGCAUACUUCCCUUUCUGACACAUGAACCCCCUGAUAUUGACAUGGAAGGGGAAUCAACAUCCCACAAGGGUCUUUCAAAAAUAAAACUUGGGCCAUCAUCUCUAGCUCUGCUUGCCAAAGCUGCAAUCAUGGCAAAAUAUGUUCACCAAAGUGAGAGAAAUGAAUGGUCAUUUAGCAAGGCAAAAUCCACUAUUGCUGAAUCUAUAGAAAUGGGUCAAACGAUUGGGAUGGAGAAGCUACAAGAACGCUUGGCUGAAGAAUUUGAGAUAUACCCUCUUUGUGAUGCUAUAGGACUUGCUUAUCUUAGUGUCUUAAGGGAUUGUGAAAUUCAUUGUUCUGCUGAAGGUACCGAGGUGAAGACAUUAGGUGGGCUCCAUGUAGUAGGAACUUCUUUGCAUGAGUCACGCCGAAUUGAUAACCAAUUGCGUGGCAGGGCGGGCAGACAGGGUGAUCCUGGGUCGACACGGUUUAUGGUGAGCUUACAAGAUGAAAUAUUCCAGAAAUUUAAUUUGGACACUGAAUGGGCUGUGAGGCUUAUAUCAAGGAUAACAAAUGAUGAAGACAUAGCUAUUGAAAGCAACGUUGUAGUAAAACAGCUUCUAGGCCUUCAGAUCAAUGCAGAGAAAUAUUAUUUUGGAAUAAGGAAAAGUCUUGUUGAGUUCGAUGAAGUCCUGGAGGUCCAAAGAAAACAUGUCUACAACCUUAGGCAGGUGAUAUUAUCUGGUGAUUCGGAAAGCUGCAGUGAACAAAUUUUCCAGUACAUGCAAGCAGUAGCUGAUGAAAUUGUUUUGCUAAAUAUUGAUCCCCAAAAGCCUCCCAAGACAUGGAAUCUGGCAAAGCUUUUGGAUGAAUUUGUCGGUCUAGGGGGCAAGCUACUGGGUGAAUCAUUCAAGGACAUCCAAGAGGAAAACCUACAAUCAGCACUUGAACAAAUUCAUGGUAGUGGCUCUGUGAAGGCUGAUAGUUUUGCUCUUCCAAACAUGCCAAUGCCACCUGAUUCAUUCAGAGGAAUCCGAAAGAAAACAUCUUCUAUAAUGCGGUGGUUGGCCAUUUGUCUUGAUGAUACGUCAAAGAAAGGGAGAUAUACGAACACUGUCAACCUGCUCCGCAAGUAUUUUGGGGAUUUUCUAAUAGCUACCUACCUGAAUGCUGUGCAAGAGUCCCAUUACGAUGAUGCACAUAUAAGUGGAAUUGAGCGGGAAGUACUUUUGAAGACUCUUGAUGCCUUAUGGAAGGACCAUUUGGUAAACAUGAACAAGCUCAGCUCUGCGGUGAAUGUCCGGAGCUUUGGGCACAGAAACCCCCUAGAAGAGUACAAGAUCGACGGCUGCCGCUUCUUCAUCUCAAUGCUGAGUGCCACGCGGCGACUGACCGUGGAAGCCCUACUGCACUACUGGUCGUCUCCCAUGGAAUCCGACGAGAUCUUCAACACCGAGGAUCAAUAGCCGAAUAAUGGGGGACCACGCCUAAUGCAGAGAAAACGUUUCAAUGGAGCAGUACUGCAAGAGACCAGCGAACCUUUGUUGGAGAAUCAGCAUCACCGCGGAGACUCACGCGAUGCCGACUCCCGUAUCGGUCUGUUAGGUGGGCUACUGGGCUGGCCUAACACACAAAGUCAAGACAUAUAGUUUAGCUGCUAACAUGUUUAAUUAGUGGCCGAAGCACAAGAACACGCAUAGGGACUCCCAAGGGGUGUGUGGUGUGUGCCCUAGUUGGUACGGCGCCGCCAUCGCCAUCGCGUACCCGCUCAUCUUGAUCCACACAACAGAAUGUACUGUGUUUCGCUGCUCCGGCAUCAGCGUCGCUGCUGUAUACCGCCGGAAAGCUCGGAGCUUGUUUGCACGCUACAACUUUGGAGCCGGGCUCAUCCCAUCCACAUCAGACGGUACCGUGGUCCUUGGCUUAUUAUCACGAUGAUGAAUUGCGCUCUCCCAAGUCCUAAAGUCCAUUCUGUACCUCUUUUUUUUCCUCCUGGGAGUGCAAUACCUGCCGAUCGUGCCCUGAAUUUCAACCAGAAAUUGUGGCACCAAGUCUGAUGAUGCCCUCGCAUCUGGUUAUUUCUUCGCCUGUGGUUUGACAUUCACGAAGCCGGUGCCUUUCCCUGUCACGGGGAAUGAUUGGUAAGUCAGCUCUGCCUCUCCAGACUCCCAUAGCGACUGAACCUGUUUCGUGUGGAACGGCCGCUGCAUUCCGGAUCAGAUAUUUCCCGUGAACUUGUUGGUGACCGGAGUUUGUGGUGGUGGUGCUAGUGUUACUGUUUCCGUUUGGCAUUUCCAAAUGAUCCAGUCUGGUGGCCUGGCUGCUACUGCUGCAGCUUGGCCACUCAAGUGCCCACCACCUGCUGGGAUGGAAAUGGUAUGGAUAUUUCCAAUCGUAUUCAAAUUCAA